AUGCUUGGGUCUUCAGAUACCAAAACCGUCGAUACUAUGGACUCUUUUCUUUUGGUGGUGGGGGCAAAGAAAGAAUGGCCCGAUAGCGCAGUACCUCAAAUUCUCUGCGAAGCCGGAUGCCUACUGAAAAAGCGAUUGGCUGCUGGAAAGAACACUCCAGUGCUUGCUGUCCUCACCAAUGGGACGGACUUUCGCUUCUUUGCGAUUGAUACUGACGGGGUGGUGUAUGCUUCCACCAAGAAGAUGUUGGAACUUGGAAAUGACAGAACAUACAAGACAAGCACAUCUCUCUCUGAAAUCCUUCGCUGGUUCACUUGGUUUAUGACUGCCAUCAAGUCUGUCUCUCCCCGUGCGUCCAGCGAGGAUUUGACUGACACAAUGAUUGCUGACUCGCUUACCCAACUCAGAGAAUGCUUUGGGCCAAAGUUUCCGAUUCAAAACAAAAAGGCCAAGAUUGAAAAGUAG